AUGGCUGGAAACAAUAAUUUCCAUGCAAACUUACCAGUUUUUGAUGGAAAGAAUUGGGAUAUGUGGGUUAAGCAAAUGAAGGUGAUUUUCACUUUUCAAGAGGUGUUUGAUCAAGUGAAUGCAGAGAUUGCUGAACUCCCAGCCAAUGCAACUGAAGAACAAAGAACAACUUUCAGAGAAGCAAAGAAGAAAGAUAACAAAGCCCUGUUCCUCAUUCACCAGUGUAUUGAUUCAAAAGUCUUUGAGAAGAUUGCAGAUGCAGAAACUUCAAAGGCUGCUUGGGAUAUCUUGCAGAAAAGCUAUGGUGGUGAUACUAAGGUAAAGAAAGUAAAAUUACAAGCAUUAAAGAGGCAAUAUGAACUGCUAGAGAUGAAGAAUGAUGAAAAGGUUGCAGAUUACUUCACAAGAUUAGUGACUCUCACUAAUCAGAUGAAGAAUUGUGGUGAUACUCUUGAAGAACAAGAAAAGGUUGAAAAGGUACUUAGGACUUUAACUUCAAAAUUUGAUCACAUUGUGGUGACAAUUGAAGAGACAAAAGACCUAAGUGAAGUAAAGAUUGAAGAUCUGCAGAGUACUCUUGAAGCUCAUGAGAUGAAGCAUGGUGAGAGAGACCAUGGCAAAGAUGAUGAGCAAGUUCUUUUAGCCAAAUUCAAGAAAUUUCAGAAUAACAAAAAGAAUUGGCAAAAGAAAAAGAAAGAGUUCAAGAAAGACAAGGACAAUGAUGAAGAUAAGCCUGAAUCCUCUAAUGGAGGAGGAGGGAAACAAAAGAAACAAUUCAAGAAGAAAACUACAGACAAGAGCCACAUACAAUGUUACAAUUGCUCAAAGUUUGGUCACUAUGCAAAUCAGUGUAUGGCAUCAAAGAAGAACAAAACUCAGCAAGGUGAUGAAGAGGCAAAUGUUGCAGAGAACACAGACUCAGAUGAUGAUGAUGUAAGCUUCAUGGUGACAAUCACUGAUGAAAUUGCAGGAUCAAUGGAGUGGUAUUUUGAUACAGGGUGUUCAAAUCAUAUGACAGGCAACAGAAACAUCUUGACUGAUUUUGAUAAAUGUGUCAAUACAAAGAUCAAACUGGCAGAUAGCAAUUCCAUUGAUGCAAAGGGAAUUGGCAAUGUGUUCAAAGGAAGAAUGGCAAGAAGUGUGUCAUUGAAAACGUUCUAUAUGUGCCCAGCAUGA